UUUUCGAAAGAGCAAGAGAUUGUUUUAAAUUUGGUGGAGCAUUGUACAUUUUCAUUUGCAAUUUUGUAGUUGAAAGAGUGCAAAGUUAAAGAGAAUAUAGUGACAAAGUUAUUUGGUUCUGGUAGUUACAGAAGGAUAGCUUUUGAAUUAAUAUUCACUAAACAUCUCUUGACCAACCUGUGCUGAAACACUAAAAUGCCUCCAAAAAGGAAACAACAAAAAGCCAAUGGAUUCAUGAUGUUCAUGAUUGAAAUGAGACCAAAAUUGGAAUCUGAUGGCCACAAAUUUCCUAAUGGUUUGAUGGAUGUCCAUCCGAUUUGCACACCAUUGUGGAAUAACCUGACCACCGAAGAAAAAGCAAUUUAUAACCAAAGAGCCAAAGGUGGCCCUAUGGUUAAAGAAGAAAAAAUGGAUUCCCUUGGAGUGCCAUUGGCAUGGAAGGAAAGGGAAGAACAAAAGAAAAUAAUAGAAAAAACUCAAGUUUUCCAGAAAAUUGAAGAUCUGGUUUCUUACUUUCAUAGUCAAGGAACUCUUGAAAACCAUUAUUUUCAUUUGGCUCAUUUUAACAUUGCUGUUGCCACUGAUGAGGGAGAAUAUCCCCCUUGUGAACUUGCCAUAGUCAAAUUUUCAUUGCUUGAUGGAAUAACUAGUACCAUUCAUGAAUUUGUGGAUCCAGGUCAACUUCGACUGGGCUACGCCUAUGAGGCUGGCCUUCAUUCGGAAAAAACGCACAAAAUUCCUGCUAAUGGAUUCAAACUAUUCAAUAAAAAUUAUGUUACCAUCACCAACAACAUAAAAAAAAUUCUUCGGCAGUCGGAUGGUGGAUUUGCCCCUCUAUUUUUUGUUGAUGAAGAUAUGACCAAAGCAGCCUAUAUUCUUGAUUGGUUGAUUGAAAAAAGCUGCCAGUUGGAUCGUUCAUAUGAUAGUUGCAACCCUUUUAAAAUUUACAGCCUUAACAAGCUAUUUUACGAAUUACGUCGCUACGCCGAUUUAAAAGACCCACGAUUAAAAUUUACCAGCACAACUCAAGUAGCGGAAUAUUUUGGCAAUGGGAUAUUCCAAUUCAGCCCUAACAUGGCUUGUCAGUGGCACGAAGAUGAGGAUAAUGUCACCUUUUGUUCACUGACGCGAGUUCGAAACUAUGCGUAUACAAUUUCUGAUAUGUGCUGCGAGCACUACGGUUUGACUUUGCUUCCCAAUCGUCACAUUCCAGCAAGUAUUGCUGACGAAUAUCGAUAUGAGAUUAUGCCUAAAACUGAGAAAGUUAACCACCCACAGACAUCAGACACGAAACAGGAUGAUAGAGACAAGCCCACCGAUGUUGUGCCACGUAUGCCAAAAUCGUUUUCCAAAGUUGUUAUGCAAACCGUCGGGCCGCGUGUAGCUGCCAAUUUUAGUUCGAAAUCUCAAGACCCCAACGGUGUCAUUCCUGGAGCGGGACGGGGUAUUUUGGGAUCGAUGUAUGCUCCAACUUUGGAACCUCAAUUUCCAGGUCCCCCACUAGAAAGUGUAACGCCCACUCCAGCUGGAAGAGGUCGUGGCCGCGGAUUCCUUUUAACAAGUGAUUAAGGGAGGAUGAGUGUGUUAGAAUUGUCGACAAAUCUCGAUUUCUUAGAAGCCACAAAGUUAUUGCAUCAAAUUAUUUUCGUUUCUUGUUUUCGGUCCGUCUGUUCAAUUGAUAUGAUACGGGGAAUGUUAAUUUGUCUUUCAAAAUGUUGAUUCAGAAAUAAAAACCAUGACAUUUU